CAGGUAUCACUCUUGUCUAAUUCUUUGAUCAGAGUCGACCGUCUGAUUAGACUUCCUGAAUUAAAUAGGAGACAAGAAAACAUGAGUAAGUUGUGCUGGUGGUGGUUGCUCUUCUUGUUGGUAGCUGCCGGCGAUGACGUCAGAGCGGAAGUCAGUCCGGAAGAACUACCGGAAGUGAAAACCACUUCCGACGAUUUGGCCAAAUCGGAAGCAAAGUGCGGAAGCGUCAUUCCGUCGACCACCAAUCGGAAUAUUCCGUCCGUCACCUACAGCACCAAUUGCGACUUUUGUGACCACGCCCUCUACACUGUGACGUGCAUCCCGAACGCUUUCGCUUGCGCCGCCCUGUGCGCCGGCGACCGGCUCUGCAGCCAUUUCACGUACAUUGGCAAUUUAAACCGCGGGACUUGCCGGCUGAAAAGCGCCUUCGGCUCCGGAGGUUCCUGGGCCUCAUCCGUCAAGGCCCCGUCACCUUACAUAUGCGGAUACAUUCCUAGUCGAGCCUUGGUCGAUGUAUUCCUCAACAUUUGCGUGGGGACGGACAUAACCGGAGUCGUCCGUCGCUGAAACACUUUGAAUUCAUCAAUUCUUAUUAUUUUUUGUUUAAUUAUUUCAAAUUUCUAAAUGGGCAGGAAAUAAAAAAUAUUAAGUCAA